AGGACCAGAACAGACCAGGACAGCCCAGAGAAACCAAUGAAGAUCCUGCUGGAGAACAGAAGCAGACCUGCGAUCCGUCACUCUUCUUCUUCUUUGUUUUCUUUUGGCGGACUGUAAUCCCCGUUUAAAGAGAAAAACUCAGAUACCUUCAAAGUUCCUCUAACCGUGAAUCACUGAAAAGGACAGGACCAACAGGCAGACUGGACCUGGACCCAGAGUAAAACCUCGUCUACCAGGAACCAGUGGCAGAUCUCCAUAACAACUCUGAGGAUUGACCUCUGACCGGAUUUUGUUUUGAUCCUGGUCCUGAUCCUGGUCCUGGUCCUGGUCGGGGUGCUGAUCAGAACAGUUGUGGAGGGAAUCAUGGACCGAGGAGGGGAGAAGCUGAUCUUCCUCAGCGCUCAUCGCUGCCCUGAAGUCGAUGCUCUGCCUCAUCACGACUUUGUGACACAUGACCCUCCAUCAUGUUCACUUGUUCCUGCUGAGAGGAGCUCCAGGUUCACCUGUGCAGGUGAUUCUGAGACAAAUUACUUUGAUGUCUCCCCCAGCUGUGGCUUCGACAAAGAGGAGGACGAGGAGGAAGAAAGAAGUGUCAGCGAUUGGUCUGAGGAGGAUCUCUCACUCCACUUCGCUCCCUCCGUCAUCCUCCGAUCAGAUGACGAUGAAUCAGACCCAGAGAGCGGCUUCGAGUGCAUCGACGUUACGAUGGAAACACUGGUUCAAGGUCAGAAGGGGGAGGGACUAAAGAUGGUUCCCAAACGACAGAUUCAACUAAAGAAGAAAGAUGUAAAAAACGCAGAAAAACUUCAGGUGAAACCUACAAAUGGGUCAUGUGAAGGGGGAGGGGCUUACUGUGAGAUGCUGUGUCCACCUGUGCGUCCUGAUGUGUUGCGGCGACAGCACAGUAUGCCUGCCUCCCUCCAAACCAGCAGUGAUGCUGACAGCUACAGGGUCUGCAGGGGCCUCGCUGCAGGGGCCAGUCAAGGGAUCGAUGGUGGAGGAACCUCGAGGCUGCGGCUGCAGAAGUCCUUCUCUUUGGAUGAAACUGAAACUAAAACAAAGAUGGCUUCCUGUAUCAUUAAGAGCAUCCUUUCAAAGAAGAUGCAGGUGGAGAAAAUCACCUGUAAGAGCUCCGCCCUGCAGAAGAAAGCAACAGUGUUCACCAGCCUCUCCCAGUCUGCAGAUCAGCAGCGGGUGAGUGAUGGGGGAGGAAGGGAGACCAGCUUUCCUGGGGGUAAGACAGGCGCAGGUGUAUUUAAAGCUCCAGUUCAUGUGGUGAGAGACAUGAGGAGUUUAGUUAAAACCACCUACGGCCUGUCGUUCUCCACUACAACACCUGAGAACCACUACAAGCCAACACGCGUCAAGGUGAUUGGUCAGGAGCAGAGUCCCCCGCCCACCUACCAGCAGGUCGUGGGUGUGGGUCACAAUGAAACAAAGAAAAGCAGUCAGGCUUCAGUUAACAGCAACUCCUCCAGAGGACGUGUAGCCAAAGUCGCUGCAUCUCUCAGCCAAUCACAGGAUAGACAUCAAAGUGAAUAUUUCAGUCGUCCAAUCACACAGCAGAGAAGAGGCAGUGAGCCAGUAAUAAGAAGUAAGGCUGAUGAUGUCACCUGCCCCAUUGUUUUGUUAGACCAACCCACCAAACCACCUGUCAGCAGAAACUUAUCAGAGCUCAGCCAAUCAGAGAGAGCUAAGUGUGGGAGUCACCAGGCUGAGGCCUCCAUCCCUGCCUCUUUAUUAAUUCCCCCUCCCCCCUCCAUGCUCCUCCAGCAGCAGGAGACCCAGCCUACUCCCUCUUCCCAGGAGCAAAGCUCCAUCCUCGGCCUGUCCUCUCACUUUGUCCCAAGUUCCUCACAGCAGAUCCUCCAACCCUGUUUCUACCCAGCCCAGGUUUUACCCGUUUAUUCCCACACCCUACAACCGCAAAUGGGGAAGGUUAGCUAUGUGAGUGGUCCCUUGAGCUACAUCCAUCUGCAACACCCUCAACCUGCUCCCACCUGUCACCUGCUGAGGAGGUCUGAGGAGACCCGGUCACCUCAAAACUCCCCAGACCAUUCGGAACACUUUUGCCCACCUCAACAGCCUGGCUCGUCAGUGGCCCAGGUGAGUGAGGGCAGCACUGUGACGCCGACAUCACAGGGGAAACAUGACCAACAGCAUUCUCAGCAACAACUUCAACAACAACUUCAACAACAACUUCCGCAGCAGAAGUAUUUGUGUAACCUUAAUGGGGUGUUACAUACACAGACGGGGAGUGACUUCAUGGCUGACAUCACAGGUUCUGCUGCUGCACCCAGGGCCCUUCUCAGUGGCUACCCCCACUGUCACUUUAUGUUUGACCCUAGAAGUGGGAGGUGCUUACUUUUGGACACACCCCCUACACAUCAGAGGAAGAUGCUGCUAGAUCCAGAAACUGGUCAAUACGUCCAUGUGCUUAUUCCUAAAUCAAGCCCCACCCAAAACUCCAGCCUGGUUCCAAUGUGCAGCACAAACCCCACCCCCAUAAUGCUCAACCCUGCUCCCUCCUUAAUAAACCCCACCCCCACAUUCAUGUCUAUGAUGCAUUUGCAGCCAACAAUGGCUAUGUCCUCCUUGUAUUCCUCUCCCCGCCUCCACUUCCCCCCCCCCCCACACCCCAUCAGUAAACUCCACACCUACUGCACCAUGAUGACAUCACAGCAUGUUAAACAUGUAUGAUGACAUCCCAGCAUGUUAAAUAUGAUGUCAUUACAGCAUUUUAAGCAUGUAUGAUGACAUCACAGGUUUGGCGUGACGUAAAAGAACGUCUUGAAGUGUCGUACGCAGUAACAGAGUCGUCUAUACGACUCUAUAAUGAGAAUAUGUGUCUUUAUAUGCUACGUGUAGUUGACCAGAAUCCCAAUCUGAACUAUAGAGUGGAGAAGAACAUACUGGAGAACAGGAAACAUAAUGCAGCAGGUUCAUCAGAGCACAGAGAUCGUAGAGGUGGCGUGCAGACAGUCUAUGGUCAUGCAGCGAUCACAGGGAAUAAACAUCACCACCCCCUCCCACUCGCUCCAGGUGAAUUCUCCUGAUUAUAUCCUGUUGCGUUCUCACAUCAGCUCACUCUGACUUUCUGCAGAAUAAACACGAGGAGGCUGGAGGAGAAACUCCGGGUGAAGAGAGAAACAUUCAGCUGUUUGUGUUCACACAUGACGCUCCAUGCAGAGUGUUUCAGGAUGUUUCUGCAGGUAUGAAGACAGUAUGGAUAGCAUGUAGCUAGCA